GGGAGAGAGAAACAUCGAUGUGAGAGAGACACAUCAAUUGGUUGCCUCCUGCAUGCACCCUGACUGCAGCAGGGAAUGAACCUGCUACCAACCCAGGUAUGAGCCCUUGAAAGGGAAUUGAACCUCCAACCCUUUAGUGCUUGGGCUGGUGCUUUAACCAUUGAGCCACACCGCCAAGGCACAUUUCCUCCCUUCAACAGAAAACUAACCCCAGAUCUCAUUGCUUCCUUAACUAAUUUCCCUUCCUCCCAUUUCCAGAAGAAAGAGGUUGCAGACAACUGAUCCUUUCAUUAUUCCUAGGUGCUAACCUGUGAGAUGUCCUUAAUGGCACAUCAGGUUGUUACUGCUUGGGACAUAGUUAUAGAAUAAGGGCUCUUGCAGCUGCUGGUAUAAAUAGCUGAUUUCAUAGCCACCCCAGGUUACUAUUGGGGUGUUGGCAUGUCAGAGAGAUAGAGCGGGAGAAGUUGAAACUUAGCCUAUGAUGUCAGUCACGCAUUCACACCUCUGUUUCCUAGUAAUCCCAACGUCCUAUUAAGGGAGUGGUUAAGAGAUCUGUGACCUUGGGCAGGUUACUUAACAUCUCAGUCCCUCAGUUUUUCUCACUUGUCAAAUGGGAAUGAUAAUAGUCCCUACCAAAUAGGAGAUUAAAUAAGUUAAUAUUUAAAAAGCACUUUGAACACAAAGAGCUAUUAUUGUCAUUUUAUUACUACUGGCAUCCAUUCUCACCUUCCCCAUUUUUUCUUUAUGUUUCUUGUCAUUUCACAGCAAGUAGACAUAUUUAGAAAUAGACAUAAAGUAAAAGAAUCAAGGAAAUAGGAGAGUUUAAUGUUAAGACUGAGGGCAGUAAAAGGCUGAACACAUGCAGACCCAAAGGCCUUACUUUAUUGCUUUGGUUAAACCUCAGACUUGGCAUUGAGGGAAAGGAAGGGCAGUUUGUUGCAAUGUUGUCCUUGUCCAGAAGGAAAACACUGACUGCAUUCUCAGAAGCCGAGCUUGUGCUGGCACCUCAAAGGAAUUCUGUGUGGGGCCUGCUUCUUCCCACCCCCAGUCGGUUUGACUUGACUGUUGCAGGACACGUAGUCUCCUCUGGGCUCUCCCCAUGCUCCACUCUCUUUCAUCUCAAAUAUCUUUCAUGUCGUCGCUGCUGCUAUGAAUGACAAUUAGUAAGUUACUCCUUUGACUCUAGAGCAAGGGUUCUUAGUGGGGUGGCUCUGAACUCUUUGGAGAAAUCCAUGGAAUGGUGAGAAGGUUCAUAAAUUACCUGAGAUUGUAGGCAAAAAUUUGUUUGUAGUAUUUUUUCUGGCAAGGAAAUCCAUAGCAUUUGUCAGAUUCUCAAAGAUCUUCAGGACAUAAAAAGGUUAAUCAUUGCUACAGGAGAAAAUCUAAAUUCCUUCAUAGUAACAGUCAUUUAUUGAGCACUUACCAAGUACCAGGCACUGGAUUAAGUCUGUACAUAUAUCUCUUUAGUCCUCACUACUACUCUGUGAGGGGGAUACUGCUGUUACUUCCAUUUUACAGGUGAAGACGCUGAAGCUGGGCAUUUUCCCAAGAUCACACCGCUAGUAAACAAGGGUCUAAAUGCAGCGGUCUGGUUCCAGCAUUCAGCGUUCAGCUGACGAUAACAGGGUAACAUCCUUCAAAGACCUCAUUCAUGACCAAGAUGAAGAUGAGGAAGAGGAAGAGGGCCAGAGGAGCAGGUUUUAUGCUGGAGGCUCGGAGAGAAGUGGACAGCAGAUUGUUGGUCCUCCCAGGAAGAGAAGUCCCAAUGAGCUGGUGGAUGAUCUAUUUAAAGGUGCCAAGGAACAUGGAGCUGUAGCUGUGGAGCAAAUGACCAGGAGCCCUGGAGAGACCAGUAAACCAAAACCAUUUGCUGGGGGUGGCUACCGCCUUGGGGCAGCACCAGAGGAAGAGUCUGCUUACGUAGCAGGAGAAAGGAGGCGGCAUUCCAGUCAAGAUGUUCAUAUAGUGUUGAAGCUCUGGAAGAGUGGAUUCAGCCUGGACAAUGGUGAACUCAGAAGCUACCAAGACCCAUCUAAUGCCCAGUUUCUGGAGUCAAUCCGCAGAGGGGAGGUGCCAGCAGAGCUGCGGAGGUUAGCUCAUGGUGGACAGGUGAAUUUGGACAUGGAGGACCAUCGAGAUGAGGACUUUGUGAAGCCCAAAGGAGCCUUCAAAGCCUUCACUGGCGAGGGUCAGAAACUGGGCAGUGUCCUGACAGGAUCCUCUCUCCUCAGCACUGCACCCCAGGUAUUGAAUACCGUCUUUCCAGCCCAGCAAGCAGAAAAUGAAGCCAAAGCCAGCUCUUCCAUCUCCAUCGACGAGUCACAGCCUACCACAAACAUCCAAAUACGGCUUGCUGAUGGCGGAAGGCUGGUGCAGAAAUUUAAUCACAGCCACAGGAUCAGUGACAUCCGACUCUUCAUUGUGGACGCCCGGCCGGCCAUGGCCGCCACCAGCUUUGUCCUCAUGACUACUUUCCCGAACAAAGAGCUGGCUGACGAGAACCAGACCCUUAAGGAAGCCAACCUGCUCAACGCCGUCAUCGUGCAACGAUUAACAUAACCACCCGGCCCUGCCAGGUGGCCUCACCUUCCUGUGUUUCCCAUGGCCAGCUGCCCCGUGGAGACUGCCCCUCCCGCCCCCUCUUGAACACCCAGCAGUCCAGUGCCGUCUCCUCCGUAGCUCUGGGUUCUUAGAUCUCCGUUGGACAUUUGUUUUCUCCUUAGUUGCAUUUCCUGGGUUUUUGUGACGAUCAAUGGACUUUAAAGAAAAAAAAUAAAAACAGCUAAAAAAAUGGAAGGAAUAUCA